CUCAACUUCUACUUCCAGGUUGAAUACCUACCAUGUUCUCCGGAUCCGUGAAUUGUGCAUCCGAGACACUCGACGAUACUCCAUAACCCCCUCAGUUUGACCAGCCGCCACCUCGGCGAGCUGUGUCCCGUCGCAAUGAUACGCCAGGCCGGGCAGGUCCCCCGAGCGUGUGCCGCAUCGAUAAAACUUAUACCAUGGCCCCUCAACGCACGACGACUCGCCCUGCACUCGCGACACUCGAGACCUCUUCACACCUCCCCCGAUGAUCCUCCCACAGCCGGUCCGGCCGAUUCGGAUCCCGCGUCCAACAACACCCCGCCCACCUCUUCCCCUCAGCAGGAAAAUCACAAUGGCUCAGGGCCCGGCCAGCCGCAGCAAAACCAACCAGCCGUCAACCAUGCGCAGGAAGGUCCGAAAACCUCUAGAGCUCGACCCGACCGGGAUCACCUCGGCCGCGUUGUACGGUCCAAGAAGUGGGCGUAUCCCGAUGACCGGGUCCGCUCUUUUCGGCGGGUGCUCAAUAAGAUGAUGAGCAAAAAGAAACUCGACUCUCGUGUGGCGCAAUUCGAAAGAUGGGACAAAAAUAUGAGAAUCGUCUUUAAUCGCCUAAAUGGCGUCAAGACAACCCCCUCCACCGAGGACGAAACUGAGGGUAUGGAAACCCUUGAGAGGCUCUUGACUUCCGAUACGGUCGAGGACAUGAGGUCAUCCUGGCUCGCAAUACCACCGCAAGACCGCGAUACCGACAAAUGGCUUGAUAUGAUGAUGGCUGCGGUGGACUCUCGAAUUGAACGCACAGCCAUGGUGCUAGAGGCCACUGCCGAAAAAGGCCUCACGCCCUCCUGGGCCGUGGCAGACGUCUUUGCUGCCCUCGCCGUUUGGUAUGCAAAGCUCCCGGAGGGUAGUCAAAAGGACCAGCAAACCCAGCUUCCCCGGUUACUUGUUCACCUCCUCCGCAAUAGCCGUCGGGGCUACUACCGGUUCCACCAAUACGCCAUCGGACUAACGCUGUCCGGCUGUGAACCCGAUGCGGUGGCCGAGAUAUACUCGGCAAUACAAGCGCUCGACCACCCUCUCCACUGGAACACCAAGCUCAAGAUUGCAAAGAGUCUCACCCAAAAAACAAAGCACAAGCUGGCUGCUCUCAGGGUGUUUGAGAGCCUUUUUGACGACCCCAAGGCCGAUGUCCACGGCCGUCGCUGCGCGGCAUUGGCUACGGAACUUUUCGCAUUGCCCGAGGACUGGGACUACCGCCGGUCGCCGGUAGAGGUGCAAUUGCUCGCUGAAGCCUUCGAGCGUGUCGUGGGCCGCGGCCUCUCCCCAAACAUCGUAACAUAUACGGCCAUGAUUCGGGCCUUGUGUUUAACCAACCAACUAGACGCUGCUUGGAAAAUCUACGAGGUCAUGCGCAAUUCAGGGACCACGCCAGACCCUCACGUCUUCUCCAUCCUCCUAAACGGGGCCAAGCGCGCUCUGAGGCUUGACUCGGUCAUCCGAAUCAUGGAGGAAGCAACACCCGACGCCUUGCAAACACCCUACAUCUGGAACGACUUGGUUCACACCAUCCUUUUGGCUGCGGACGAGGAACUCCCCGCGGCCUCAAUCGGCAAGGACACGAUCCCUCUACCAGCCUUUUCCACUAUGCUCCAAGUUUAUUCCAAGUUCUUCGAUCUGAAACCCCUACAAAAGCUCAUACCUGCUGGCUCGCCGGAGCCGGCGGAUAACGCUACGGGCUGGGCUUGGAAGGAAAAGCUGGCCCCCCUCAUCGAACAACUGCCCGUCUCCUCGCCUGAUAAGCUCGUCGAGCCUGGUCUCGAGACCCUAGGCAUCAUGUUGGUAGGCUACAUCAGAAACCUCCCUACCACACAACACGUCAUGGAGUUCUACUCGCACUUCCGGAAACUACUACACGACCGAGACCCGCUCGCCAUCAAACUCGUGAUGCACAAUACACUCCCCUACGACGUCGUUCUCGACUUCAUAUCAACCCGCCCCGGUAUGCUAAACGUAGCCCUCGACAUCGUCCAGGGCAUGCUCAGAGACGCCUUCAGCUCCACAAUGGCUCUCAGGCAAAGCCUGGCGGAAUCCGACCCGGAGGAACCCGGCCAGAGCGAGAGCCCAGAGCCCGGCACCCCGGCCGCCUACCGCCACCCGGCGCCGAGCGUCCACACCUGGACCAUCCUCAUCCGAACCUUCUGCUGGCAGGCGCACCCGGAGACGGCGAUCCGCAUGAUCCGCAUCAUGCGCCGCCACGGCGUCGAGCCCAACCACGUCACCUGGCACGGCCUGCUCAACAGCUACGCCAAGCGCCAGGCCGUCGCCCCCGUCAUGGCCGUGCUCGACCAGCUCGACAAGGCCGGCUACCAGCCCAACCAGCACACCAUCCGCGCCAUCGCCAAGCUGCGCGG